AGGUCUAUCUAAAUCAACGUUGAAUCAGAACUAUCAUACUCAAAUCACUCCUCAAUUCACAAUCGCUCAAGUAGAAACGCAGAGAGGAGAUGCGAGGAGAAUGUGGAAACAAGUUAGAGAAAGAGAAACAGGUGUUAUUAACUCUAAAUUAUUCACUCGCCGCGUUAAAUCAGACCGAGUUUCAUCGCUUCAACUCUCCAAUCACAAGGAAAUCGUCUCUGCUCACCGCGGCGCGAUUAAUUCGCUUCAGGUUGAUUUGACAGAGGGGAGAUAUUUGUUAUCGGGCGGGUCCGAUGCAUCAGUUGCUGUUUAUGAUGUUCAGCGUGCAACAGAAUAUGUGGCAGGUGGUUUGGUUGCCAAGCAUAAGAACAUUCUUUUAGUUGAUAAGCAGCAUGAACACGGGCACAAAUAUGCCGUAUCCUCGGCCAUAUGGUAUCCUGUUGACACUGGUCUUUUUGUCACAGGUUCAUAUGAUCAUUUCGUUAAUGUUUGGGACACAAAUACCACACAGGUGGUAAUGAAUUUCAAAAUGCCAGGUAAGGUUUAUAAAACUGCUAUGUCUGCGUUGUCUACGUCACACAUGCUUAUUGCUGUGGGAUCAGAAGAUGUUCAAGUUCGCCUUUGUGAUAUUGCCUCGGGGGCCUUCUCUCAUACAUUGUCCGGUCAUCGAGAUGGAGUAAUGUCAUUGGAGUGGUCUACUUCUAGUGAAUGGGUUCUGCUAACAGGGGGACGUGAUGGUGCUAUACGAUUUUGGGACAUUAGACGGGCCGGUUGUUUUUCUGUUUUAAAUCAGUCUCAUACUCAACUUGGAAGAAGGCCACCUUUCCUACAACGUGUCAGCACUAACAAGGCAUCAACAUCCAAAUCCUCUUUGGCAAGUGUAUCUUCAAAGUCCAAAACAUCGCAAAGGAAACAUGUCAAUGGAAAUGGUUCAAAGCAGAGUUCUGCAGCAAAGAAGAAUGUUAUUCAAGAGAAGGCAUCUGCAGGGAAGAGGCUUCAUCCAGGGUUAAUCUCUAGUCGGGAUCGUUCUACUGCUCAUUAUGGUGCUGUAAUUGGAUUAAAGAUGACGUCAGAUGGACAAUAUUUGCUUAGUGCAGGUUCUGAUUCAAGACUAAGGUUGUGGGACGUGGAAUCCUGCUGCAAUACACUUGUGAACUUUGACAUUGUGCGGCUUCAGACUAGCAAGCCGAUGCAGUUGGCUGUAUCUCCAGAUCCUGACCUUGUUUUUGUUCCAUGCAUGUCAACUGUGAAAGCAUUCAGUAUGUGGUCUGGUCAGACUAUGCUGUCAUUUCGUAACCACUAUGACAAUGUAAAUUCUUGCUGGUACAAUGAGCAGGAUCAGGAGUUGUAUACCGGCGCUAGUGACCGGCAAAUUCUGGUAUGGUCUCCAUUCAAGUCAAAUUUGGAGCAUGAGGGUGUUGCACCUGAUCAAGAUAAUUGGAGUGAUUAAACUCGAUGGACACAGCUGAAAUAGUAUUACAUUCCUUUUAUUUAAUUUAUUAACUUUAAAUGCUUACCUUUUUCCGUAUAUAACCUAAAAAGCCAUGUUUUGAUGGUUUUCUUGUUGCAAAUUGUUUAAAAAUAAUAAAUAAUAUUUCUAAAUACGAUAUUAGUUUCGACUUCAAAUAAUAUUCGCUUUGAUGUACUGAUUUUAAUGA